AUGAAAGUCAUCACUACAUUCACACAAGCCCUCGGUCUUCUAUGUUCACUCAGUCUCGCGGUCCAGACAAAUAGCCACUCGAGAGAUGCCGCAUGCAAACCGCAUCAUCCAUUCCGGCCUCUUCCUGCCACCCAGCCCAGGGCCCGGACAUGUCAUGUCGCCAGCCACGGCCACGGCCGCGACGACUCGGCCAGCAUUCUCUCCGCGCUGAAGAAAUGCAACCAUGGCGGGAAAGUAGUGUUCGACGCCGGAAAGACCUACACCAUCGGCAAAGCACUCGACCUGACCUUCCUGAAGCACGUGGACUUGGAAAUCAAGGGAACCGUAAAAUUCACCGACGACACAGAUUACUGGCAAGAAAACUCCUUCAAGCACGGAUUCCAGAACGCCACGACGUUCUUCAAUCUCGGCGGCGAGGACGUGAAUGUCUACGGCGACGGCACGCUCGAUGGCAACGGCCAGGUCUGGUAUGACCUCUAUGCGGAAGACGCGCUUAUCCUGCGCCCUAUUUUGUUCGGCGUUAUCGGGCCUCUGAAGUUGCGCUACUCGCCGCAGUGGUACCACUUGGUGGCGAAUUCGUCGAAUAUCUUGUUCGAGGGGAUUGAUAUAACUGGGUAUAGUAAGAGUAAGGAUGAGGCUAAGAAUACUGAUGGAUGGGAUCUCUAUCGCUCGUCGAAUGUCGUUAUCCAGAACUCCGUAAUCAACAAUGGCGACGACUGCGUCUCCUUCAAACCCAACAGCACCGAGAUCCUCGUCCAGAACCUACUUUGCAACGGAUCUUACGGAACCUCCGUCGGCUCACUGGGCCAGUACGAGACCGAGGUCGACAUUGUCGAAAAUGUUCUGGUCUACAACAUCUCCAUGUUCAAUGCAUCGGCAAGUACCACGGCCACAGCUUGUUUUGCCCGACUGACAAUGGACUCGUAA